AUGACGCGAAUCGUUUCGCAGUCCGUUGUUCCACGCGACAUCACAGAGGAGUUUACGCAAGCUGCAUCAAAAUUAAAGACCGGUCAACUCGUCAAAGAUGAACACUUUACGCUUUUCGAGGCCGUGGGUGCGCUGGAAAUCAUGGAUCCCAAAAUGGACAGUGGAUACCUCGGCCCCGAAGAGAAAGGACAGGGAUUGGAGGAUGACUACGAUAUCUUGCGCGAGCUUACCCCGGAGGAAGUAGUAUGGAUUAUGGAUGAAUUGCUUUGCCAUGAGAUGGCAUGGCAUAUGGGUCAUCCUCUUUCACAGACUCUCUUCACCUCGCUCUACCUUGACAAGCUUUUAUGGCCUAUACCGAAGAACAUUGAAGAUGCCCAUUUUGGACGUGAGGGACUUUCUGUGGGCAGGGAACAACCAGAUCUGGUCCAUAUCGUGCUACGAGCGUAUUGUCUUGCCUUGGUCAAGUGCUGCGACUUUGUCCACGCGCGAGUGACUUCAGAGUUCUAUUAUGAGGAAGAGGACUUUAGCACCCAACUCUAUAACCGGACAUUACUAUCGCAUUUUGCAUACGAGCAUUUCCCCAGUCUUUUGAACCGUGCGAUUUCCUGGAUCGAUGAGCAGGAAUCCAUUGACGCUGCUGCGAAAAGUGCAAUAAAAUCUCGUUUAUUAUUUCGGCAAGAGUUCCUUCUGGGCCUGCAGCAGGAUAUCAAUAUUUUGGAGACCAGGCCAGUGGUGAAAAUCAGCUUUGAGGAUGCGCUGGCGCAUCUCGAACGGCUGUGCCAGGACGGAAUUCACCUCAAUCAAAUUCUUGACUACAGAGGGCCAUACAAUCUGAAAGUGGCCAUUUGGACCCUUCUCUCCCGUAAACCUCAGCCAUCAGUGUACAUUCGAUCCCUUGUUCAGUCCAUUAUUAUGGACCAGUCUACCGUCCUCGGGUCUGUCCCAGUUAAGCAGUUUCUCUACGACGAACUGGCGGCGCUUGUUCUCCCUUCCAGUAUACUGCUCGAGGCAAGCCUUGACGAAACCGAAGUUCCUUCAGACCCCCGCUUUCAGAUCGCUCAAUUGAUGGACGGCUUCGUUAGACGAUUUUCUCAGCCAUUUGUGGAUACAUUCCGAAGUGCAUGUUUGAAUCGCUGCCGUAUCCGCCGCACCGUCUGUCAUACUCUCGCCGAUUGGGACAAUCUGCAAAUGGAGGCCGAAGAUCUUGACGAACAGCUUCGGACGCUGAGCGAAGAACCGCCAUUAUCACUUCCAAAUGGAGACACUACGUACUCGUACCCUCUUAGCAGCUGGGCCUACCACCAGAAGCUGAUCCAAUUCCGAUUAAUUCUCCAACUCGGGUUCGAGCUGUCCAUAUACGGUCCAGAAGAGCUCCCCGGAAUGUACUGGUAUUUAUCGCACAUCUGCUCGACCCAUCUCGGUCAUAUUGAUCGAAUCCGAACAUUCAUCCUCGCGGCCGUCCAGCGGAACCGACGCUCGCCCACCCAACACGCCACCCUCCGAUCAUCAUUCCUCCUCUUCGACCGACUAACGACGCAGAUCGUCGCCAUCGACGCCUUCGCAAUAGCUCUGCACGCCCUCUAUGUCCUUCUAUCUCGCCAUAGAAUUCUACCCACUGCCUCGGCGCCUAACGCCUACUCAAACGACCAAUUCCGUUACGAGCUUCGUAUGAAGCCCUUUCUUCAAAUCACGCUCCCCGAACUCGUGCCCUAUGAAGAAUACCGUCGCGAAGCUACAUUGCAGGGUGACAGCGACGAGAUUGUCAUGGAGCGCGCUACCAAGGCCAUCGGCGAAGCUCGAAAGGCCUGGGAAGCGACGCUCGCCAAUGGCCCAUUCGACAAUUUCAAUGACGAGAAACCGGAUGCGCCUGCUCUCGAAGAGGACUGGAAACGCGACGUGAAGGAUACAAUGCGAGCGUGCAUUGGCGCUAGCAUUGCUAUCGAGACUGUAAAGAAAGCGAUUGCCAAUAACGCCACUGGCGACGCAGAGUCACUCGGUCUUCGAGUUAACAUUCCCGAUGCUGGCUCCAAGAAUCGUUGGCAUGACUGGUGGGCCGUUCCGCAAGUUUCACAGGUACAGACACAAUCUCCCAGUACAACUUCAAAGUCAUGA